AUGCCAAUUAUUUCAACUCAACCUUUCUCAAAUUUUGUUCUCUUGCAAAAGACCUAUCUUAUCAUAAUUUCAAUACAAAUUAAGAGACUUACAUCCCGAGAAAAAGGAAAAUCAAGAUGAUGAGUGCAGCAACAGCAAGUAGGGCUUGGGUUGUGGCAGCCACAGUUGGAGUUGUGGAAGUGUUGAAAGACCAAGGGGUGUGCAGAUGGAACUAUCCCAUGAGACUGGUGCACCAGCAAGCCAAGAACCAUCUCAGGUCUUUUUCUCAGGCCAAGAAGCUGUCUUCUUCUUCUUCUUCUGCCAUGGCUUCAAGCAUGAUCAUGAGAGAAGAGAAAAUAAAGCAGUCAGAGGAGUCUAUGAGGAAAGUGAUGUAUCUUAACUCUUGGGGUCCCAACUGACACCAACCAAAUUAAGCUUAGCUUAGCUUAAGGCCAUUGUAAAUUACUUUUAAGGCAAAUGCUCUUAUAAAUUUAGUAAAAUACAUUGGGCACAUAUGUUUUCCAAAUUCA